CCCUCUCUGUGCACUUUAAACUCUGCCCUCCUGGUCAAAUAUUUGCCUUGUUUCCAAACUAGUUGGAAGCCAGUCAGUCAGAAGUGAGUGUCUCUGCAUCAGAUGAAUCAAAAUGUCCAGUAAUUACAGACUCCUGGUGAAGAACGCCAAACAGGUGGUUCUGAUCUGCAGCAACGGAGAGAAGUACAUGACCAAACAUGCGAUGCAAAAUCUCUGUGUGAUUGAAAAUGGGAGCGUGGUGAUUGGAAGCGAUGGGCUGAUUAAAGCUGUGGGACCUGCUGAAACCAUCCGAGCUCAGUAUCCAGAAGCAUCCUUUGAGAAAGUCAUUGAUGCUACUGGAAUGUGUGUCCUGCCUGGGUUGGUCGAUGCCCACACCCAUCCAGUCUGGGCUGGUGACAGGGUGCAUGAAUUUGCAAUGAAGCUGGCAGGUGCCACCUACAUGGAUGUGCACCGGGCUGGUGGAGGGAUCCACUUCACGGUGGAGCACACUCGAGCAGCGAGCUCCUCUGAGCUGCUGGCCUCCCUCAGCAGCAGGCUGGCCCGGAUGCAGCGGGCAGGUACGACCCUGGUGGAGUGUAAGAGCGGAUACGGCCUGGAGCUGCAGACUGAGCUCAAGAUGCUGGAGGUGAUCGAGGAGGCCAGACGCACGUUGCCCAUCAACAUCUCCUCCACCUACUGUGGAGCCCACGCAGUGCCCAAAGGGAAGACAGUUGCAGAGGCCACAAAGGACAUCCUGCAGGUUCAGCUGCCCCGUCUGAAACAACAGAUGUCUGCUGGGAGUCUGAGAGUCGACAACAUCGACGUGUUCUGUGAGCAGGGAGUGUUUGACCUCAGCUCCACUCGCGCCAUCCUGCAGGCCGGUAAAGACAUGGGCCUCAACAUCAACUUCCACGGAGACGAGCUCCAUCCCAUGAACUCUGCUCAGCUGGGUGCAGAGCUCGGAGCGUUGGCCAUCAGUCACCUGGAGGAGGUCACAGACGAGGGGAUCGCUGCCAUGGCAACAGCAAGAACAGCUGCCGUCCUUCUGCCAACCACAGCCUACAUCCUACGGCUGCCGCAGCCUCGGGCCAGAGACAUGUUGGAUGCUGGGGUAAUUGUUGCCCUCGGCAGCGACUUCAACCCCAACGCCUACUGCUGCUCCAUGCCUAUCGUCAUGCACCUGGCCUGUGUCAACAUGAGGAUGUCCAUGCCGGAGGCUUUGGCCGCGGCCACCAUCAACGCUGCCUACGCCCUCGGGCGCUCCCACACACACGGCUCCCUGGAGGUCAACAAACAUGGAGACCUGCUCAUCCUCAACACCACACGGUGGGAGCACCUGAUCUACCAGCUGGGAGGACAUCAGGAGCUAAUCCGCUACGUCGUCAUUAAAGGAAACAUCGUGUGUGAUAACGACAAAACUAUGAAUUUAUAACCAUAAAGUAGACAAUUUCUUACCGAUUCAGAUUAGUUAAGAUUAUAUUAACAAAACUGACAGCUACAGUUUGUACUCAGAUGAAAUUUUACGCGUAUACUCUGACAUUUCUGGAAAUGAUUACAGUGCUGGGACGAUAGCUAACAGGUAGCUAGCAUAGCCAGAGACUUUACUUCCGGUAGUCUGCGCUGGUUGCCUGGCAACCUAGAGUGUUCAGCUAAGCUAAGCUAAGCGGCUACUGCCUGUAGCUAAUAUUUCAAUCAUUAGCAACAUUUUCAUUUGCUUUAGUCUUUCCAUGAAUGUCAAAAUGUUUCUAUACGUGAAUAUUAACCUGUAAAUCUGCUGUUAAGUUGUAAAUGACUUUGUGCUGCUUGUUAAACUAAAGCUAAUGGAAAAAAA